AGAUUAGAAGAGGUAUUGAGGAUUUUCAACAGCUUCCAUGAGAAUCUCCAGUUCACACAUGAGAUGGAAAUAGAUGGUAAAAUUCCAUUCUUGGACCUAUUGUUGAUAAGGGAUAGUGGUGGUAUAAAAACUGACCUAUAUUCUAAACCCAUGGCAUCCCACCGUACAUUGCAUUUCAAUUCUCUGCAUUCAACAUCGCAAAAAAUUGCUGUCGUCAGGGGUAUCAAACAGAGGAUUCUUAGUUUGUCUGAUACAUCAUUUCAUCCGAAGAAUUUUAAACAGCAAGCGACCAUUUUAUGUCAAAAUGGUUAUCCUAAAACUUUAGUUAAUAAAAUUUUUUAUGGUUCGAAAUACUCAACUAGUAUACCUUCGACUGAUAAUAGUUCCGAUAAAGAGAUUUUCAGAUAUUACAAAUUAGUCUACAUUCCCAAAUUGAGUCAGAUGUUGAUUAGAUUGAUGAAGGGAACAUCUACUAUUGUGGUAUCAUAUUAUAAUAAAACUGUUAAGAGCCUAUUUUCCCGUUUGAAAGAUAUUGAUCCCCCAAUGAGACAAUCCGGUUUGGUGUAUGGGGUUGGUUGUUCGAAUUGUGAUGCUAUUUAUGUUGGACAAACGUGUCAAUAUUUCGGAUCCAGAUUGAGGCAACAUCAGUUAGAUUGUAAAAGACAAUCUGAGGCAACCGCACUUUCCCAACAUGCUAAGAAUGAGGGACAUCUUUUUGAUUUUGAAAAUGCGAAGAUUCUAACCAAGGAGACCAAUUGGUUCAAGCGUAGUUUCAAAGAGAUGUUGCUUAUAAGAAAACACCCCAAUUCUGUGAACUCGAGAUCUGAUAUUGGUUCACUCAGUAUUGCGUAUUCGAAUUUGAUAAAGGAAAUAAAUAAAUAGUUUUUCUCGAGUGCACGCAUUCCGACCGCGUAUGUGCGAUGUUCUUGUUUCAUUCAUAUCAAUGCGUCCAUACCUACCUGUACGUCACGUUAAUUUGAGACCCCGAGAUGAACCUGCUUUUUUCGAAUGAUUUUACGAGUUUGAAUUUUUCAGACGAUUUUUAAUUCAUUAUUCAUAAGCCUGAAGAAGAGAAGAAUUUUUCUCGAAACGUUGCUGCGUGAAUAAAUUGUAAAUAAAGUGUUCCUAAGACUGAAAA